CAGUCGUUAUUGAGAACAGAGAUGUUCGGUUAAGCAGACGAAAUACUCGAUUAAGAUCCUGCGCCGUAGGACUUCUGCGCAGAUAUGGCGGCGAGUGUACAAAAUUGAUUUCCGGUUUUAGGGUAAUCGACAAAAUUUAAUAAAUUAUGGCUGAAGAGUUUUUAAAUGACCUCCAGAAUGCACUGGAAGAAACGUCAUGUACACCAGCUUUAACCUGUGGAAAGUGCAAGGACGAAUUUUCCUGGGAAAAGCCUGCAAAAUUACUUCCUUGCUUACAUUCAUUCUGCGAACCGUGUUUGAAACAGAACGAUCAGCAGCCAAACUUACUCGAAGAGAAAAAAGAUGAGAAUACAGAAGAAGAGAAAAGUGAGGCACCAACGGAGAAAAAUGACAUGCAACCUGGCACCUCCGAAAGUUCCUCUUUGUCCUUUUUAGUCGGUGAUGAAUUAACCGAGAAAGAUGCAAAUGAACCAUGUCAAACUGAAACUGAAAGGCCACUAAUCCUGGAAAACAAUAUUGAGCCAAAAGAUUUACAAGAGGGUCAACCUGGAGAAGUAUCCUCCUCGAGCACAUUUGAUGGCACUGAUGGGAAGAGUUCAUUUGAUGGGAAGAGUGCAUUUGAUGAUGGCAAGAGUACAGUUGAUGAUGGAAAUAGUACUUUUGAUGGAAAGUUGCGCUGUCCAGAAUGUCAACUGGAAUACACAGAGGAUAAGAUUUUACAGAACCCAUUUGUGUCCGUAGUUAAAAAAUUUGAACCUAAAAUUGAAGAUGGUGCCCCGACUGAGGACAAAAAGGACAUCUGCACGUCUUGUGAUGAAAACGAAGUGGCCACGUCAUUCUGUGUGCAAUGUGAGGAAUGGUUAUGUGACCCUUGUGUAGGUGCCCAUAAACGGGUGAAACUUACGAAAGACCAUACUGUAACCAUCCGGUCUGAAAUGAAUGAUGUGAAAGAAAAAAUGGUCAUUGAUACAAAGCCUAAACAAAUGUAUUGCGAGGUUCAUCAGCUGGAAACGUUAAAACUGUUUUGUUUGACUUGCGAAAAAUUGACAUGCAGAGACUGUCAGCUUGAAGACCAUAAAGAUCAUAAUUAUCAGUAUAUUGAAAAAACUGUUGAUGGUCAAAAGAAAAUCCUGAUUGAUGGCAUUGAUAAUCUAAAAGAAAAAUUACAGAAACACCAGGAAAUGGCUGAACAAAUUCUAAGCAAGGAAAAAGACAUUAAGCGACAACAGGUUGAAGUGUUUAAUGAAGUUAGACGAGUCGCUGAUUUGAUAACAAAUGAAUUAAUCAGCUGGUGUAAAAAGUUGUUAAACUUCUUACAAGGUGUGUGCCAUGGACGAAUUAAAGACCUCACAUUUAAGAAAAAAGAAAUUGACACAUACGGAACAAAAGCAAAACAUAUAAUAGAGUUUGUUGAAUCAGCUCUUUCCUCAGGGGAUGACCUAGCUCUGUUGUAUACCAAGAGUAUUAUGUCCAAAAACAUUUCACAACUAAAUGACCAAGAAAUUAACUUCUCAAAAACCUUGCUUGACUUGAACAUUCAGUAUGAAAAUGACGCUGUCUUUCUUACAAAAAAUGUGAGCAAAAUGGGUUUCAUAAAUGUGAACGGAAAAUCCUACCCUCAUCAGGAAGAAAGCAAGACCGCACAGUCACUUGCCAGCAGAGAAUUAGUGAAAGCAAAGAUUCCAAGUCUACCGCAACCUGUUAGUACUGAAGGUCAGACAGUUACAAACCCUGUUCAAAGUAUGACAAAUGCUGAACUCUUAAAUACCAUCAGCAAAGACAACUUUCAGCAACACAUCAUUGAGUUGCUGAGUCGAGAGCCUCUUGCAACUAGAGAAAAAUACAGAGCACUACCUCCGGAGAAAAAGAGACAAUUUUUGGAAAAUCUGCUUCAGUCACACAAACAGCUUCAUCUACAGCAGCAGCAACAGCAGCAGCAACCGGCACCAUCCAACCAACCUGUCCAACAGCAACAACAGCAAGGGUUUAAUCCUCUAGGUGUAUCUGGUCCGCCUCAAAGACAACAAGCAUUUUCAUCGGAUAGUGGGGCGUUGCAAGAGUUGUACCGGCAAACACAGAGGAUGCCAGCACCACCCCAGGCUGGAUUCAUGAACCAAAACCCUUUCCAACGACAACAACAAAUUCAGCAACAGCAAUUACAACAACAGCAGUUGCGACAACAGCAGCAACAACAACAGUUGGCAAGACAGAGAAUGAUGAUGCAACAGCAGAUACGGCAACAGCAACUGAAUCAGAAUACUAAUGCCCCCUUCCUAACGAGUCCGUUUGGGCAGCCACAGUCAAAUUCAAACUUCCAAAGCUGGAGAGGUGCCCCGGCCAGCAUGCCUAUGAACACAAACUCCAAGGUCAUCCCAGCCAAUCAGCUUCCCUCGACAGGAAAGUAUGAUUUCAUUGACCCCUUAAACUUGAGGGGCGGUUCCGGGGAGCCCACACGAGUAAAACAGGAGCCCAGGGACAACCCCUCGUGUCAGUUCAGCGGCAAGGCCACGCAGCAGAGCCCACAACCUUCCAAUCAUGGUCAGCCUCAGGCACCAGCGGUUCUUUCACCUACAUCUGCCUUCCCAAGUUCUACACUACAAUUCCCCGCCCUUUCCCCCAGCCUGGGGCUUAUAGACAGAGGGAACAGGAGCGAUAUAAAUACCUUAAUGAUGUCUCCCGUGUUUCAGGCUGUGCCAUCAUCUACAUCCUCUUCCCCAAGUUCCACACUGCGAUCUCCUGCCCAUACCCCCAGCCCUGGACAUAUAGAUGGCGGACACAUGGGAAAUAGAUCCACUGCAUCACCUGCUGUGCUGCCCGAUAUUAAUAUCAUGGACUCUGAUAGAAGCAUGGCAAUGACCGGCCUGAUGCACCCCAAUGGUCACAUCAUCAGCCCAUACAACCUGAUGCCCCGUCACGACCCCAAUGAUCCCUCAGAGGACUACUGCGGGGUGUGUCACAAUGGCGGCGAUUUACUGUGCUGUGACCGAUGCCCCAAGGUGUUCCACUUGAACUGUCACUGUCCAGUGAUCAGCAGCAACUUGUCUCCGAGCGAGACCUGGACGUGUACAAUGUGUACUCCUGAUGAGGAACUGAUCAUCAGAGAGCCGAUCCCCCGGGAGUUUGAGUUGACAAGCACAGGCAAGAGGAAGGCACCUAAUGGUCUUGUAGAUAGAGAAAUAAGGGUUUGUGAGCGAAUUCUACUGGAGUUAUUCUGCAAGGAGGUCAGCACGGUCUUCCAUGAACCAGUGUCCAAAUCUAUCCCAAAUUAUUACAAGAUCAUAACUCACCCGAUGGACUUUGGUACGAUCAAGUGUAAGCUGCGACGCGGGCAUUUCGCUCACUACAACUCUAUUGAGGAAUACAUCAGAGAUGUGAAGCUGGUCUUUAGGAACUGUAUGAAGUUUAAUGAUCCAAUAUCUGAUGUGUACGGAAUCGGCAUCCAGAUGAAUUCAUUCUUCGAGACGCUAGUGGCCCACUUCCUGCCAUGUUAUCUCCACUGUCUUACACGCAGUGUGUCCCCUGACCAGAUGUCUGACCCCGGCAUGGACGGGCCGAGCAGGAUCAAGAAACGCCGCAGCCCUGCGCCAGAUUCCACGCGUGAUAGCAGUACACCUCCGAUAUGACCAUGAUUAUAUUGCAUUUUGCUGUUUUCUAGGACUUGAUUAAAGAAGUACAGUGUGCAAGCACUCGAGCCAAAAUCUAGCCUUAGCUUUGUCAAACAUAUUGGAUAUGUUAAAAAGAUAUUAAUUUCAAAGACUGGCCAUAUUCAGAUUUAUUUAAAAACUAUGAGACUGCUUCCACCCAUCGUGAAAUCUGUAGAGGUUUGCAGUAAGGUAAACGUGUAUUUUGCCUACCAAAAACUUCUUCUAUUGAAAAGUUUUCAUAAUUGGAAAAUGUAUACAAUAUUUUCAACCAAACCUUGAACAAACCAAGAAGAGAGAUUUCUACAAGGAUGUGUGUAUUUUUCUAGUGUGAGGUGUAUUGAUGUUUUUUACCCAAGUUUCACGACGUUUUACUGAGUGGUGUUUUCUUUUUUAGCAAUGUUUAGCCAGGUCAGUUUGCCAUUAGUACUUGAUUUCUUUAAUACAAGUAUUGUGUAUAUAAAGUCUAUGUUGUUAUGUUUCGUAGGUUAUCUUAAUCUACUCAUAGUCGGCCUAAAUUUUGUUGCCGUUUAAAAGAGUUCAUAGUCUGUUAACAUUCCUAGAGAGUUUUUCCAUAUUAAUAGUGAAUUUGUGUAGAAUUAUCUUCCAAAUCAGUUAUGGUUGUUACAGAAAUUUAAAAUACUAUGGUAGUGAUGUACAUGUUGAUAUAAAAUGACAGAGCUCCAGCCAGGAUUUGAAAAAGGGCAGGAUGCUAGGUCAGAAAAGGCACUUUAGAUGUGCAUUGACUAAGCCUUAAUUGGGCACUUGCAAAGGUCAAUGUUCUAUUCUUAUUGUGUAGGUGUAAGUACUUUCAAUACUUAAGGAUUGUUAUGAAUACCUUAAGUUUUAUCUUUACUGUCUUUAGUGUCAAAACUAAGUAUGUAUUUAUUAUUUUUACUGUAGUCUCAUUUUUGAAAAAAAUGACUCUGUCAAACAAAGGGAACGGCAAGGUGAAGUUAAACUUUUAAAGGAAAUUAUCUUUCUGAAGAUCACAUUGAAAUAUUUAUUAUGUAGUAAAUUAGCACUGUAUUGGCAUUUCCCCUUUAUAUAUGAAGAUAAGCAUUUCAGGAAGCAUUAUAUAUAAAGACUUCCAUUGUAUGAAGAUUUAUGAGGGUCAAUUCAGUAUUCAUUGGUGAAGUAUGAUGUACCGUGGUGCGUUUGUUUAUUCUCUUUAUCUCUUUCCAUCCAAUGUAAGACUUGAAUUUACAAGGAUCAAGAAGGGAAAGCAAAGCUGUUCGUAUUGCUUAAGUGACAAACUGUUCUUAAGUGACAGUGACAAACUGUUCUUAAGUGACAAACUGGUCUCAAGUGACAAACUGCUCUUAAGUGACUAACUGUUCUUAAGUGACAAACUGUUCUUAAGUGACAAACUGUUCUUAAGUGACAGUGACAAACUGUUCUUAAGUGACAAACUGGUCUUAAGUGAGUAACUGUUCUUAUCACUUAAGUGACAAACUGUUCUUAAGUGACUAACUGUUCUUAAGUGAGUAACUGUUCUUAUUACUUAAGUGACAAACUGUUCUUAAGUGACUAAGUGACAGACUGUUCUGAAGUGAAUAAGGAAGCAGAUAUGAUAUCUUCUGUUUGACCCCUAAAGAUGCUUUGUAAUUAUUAUUCCAUUGAUAAAUGCACAUGUAAAUGUCAUUCAUCCUAUCCUCCUGUAUUUGUAGGUUUGUUGUCAACAUUUGUAUGUCCCCUACCUUGUUAAUGCGAUGCAAUGAGUCCAGUUUUAAUGAUCUGUAAUUCCUAAAUGUAAUCAAACUGUGUGAACUCUACUCACAGAAAUUCAGGGAUGAUGAAAUUCAGGAUUGAUCCUGAAAUCGGAAUUCAGAGCUUUCAAUUUCAUAUCAUUGUAAGGCUGGAUUUUGCACUAUAAAUAGGUCAGAAAUACCUUGAAAAUUGAUAUAAGUUGCUUUUUGUUCAGUUUCCCCAGGGGUCUAAGCUCUCAGCCCUGCUUGGAGCCUGAAUCCUUUGUAAUCUGGCUGAUUCCCUGGACUGUUUUUUAUGCCCCCACAAAGUGGCGGCAUAUAGGGUUGCCCUUGUCCGUACGUACGUACGUACGUACGUACGUACGUACGUACGUACGUCCCGAAGAUUGUUUCCGAUCUAAUUCUUGAAAACCGUUUGUCCAAUCCUCACCAAACUUUAAACACAUGUUUGUGACCAUAAUGUCUUGAUCAAGUUCGAUAGUCAUGGAAAUCGCUUUAGUCAUUUAGGAGUAACGGCCCUUUUUUGCCAAAAAUUCCCGAAGAUUGUUUCCGAUCUAAUUCUUGAAAACCGUUUGUCCAAUCCUCACCAAACUUUAAACACAUGUUUGUGACCAUAAUAUCUUGAUCAAGUUCGAUAGUCAUGGAAAUCGAUUUAGUCAUUUAGGAGUUACGGCCCUUUUUUGCCAAAAAUACUUCAAAAAUAUAUGUUUCCAAUCUAAUUCUUGAAAAGUAUGUGUCCAAUCCUCACCAAACUUUACAUACAUGAUUGUGACCAUAAUAUCUUGAUCAAGUUCGAUAGCCAUGGAAAUCGCUUUUGUCAUUUAGGAGUUACGGCCCUUUAUUUGCAAAAAAAGACUUGAAAAAUACGUCCCGAAGAUUGUUUCCGAUCUAAUUCUUGAAAACUGUUUGUCCAAUCCUCACCAAACUUUUAACACAUGUUUGUGACCAUAAUAUCUUGAUCAAGUUCGAUAGCCAUGGAAAUCGCCUUAAUCAUUUAGGAGUUAGGGCCCUCAGAUUAUCCUGAAUAAUCAUUAUGGCUUAUUUUCUGUGACAAAAAAUCGAAGUGGGGGCAUCCGUGUCCUAUGGACACAUUUCUAGUUUUUAUCUGUGUCAUAUAGAGUUCUUGACUUUGCUGUGAAUUACUAUGUUUGUGCCAUGCGGAUGUUAUUAAGCAUUGAAUUUAUAAAUGUAUGGAGUAAGCUGCCAUGUGCUUGUAGCAUAUCUAUUGCAAGAAAAUAUGGAGUAGUGUUGAUAAAUUAUAAUCAAAAUAAUGAAAGAAAUAAACAGUACUUGAACUACAGGUUCAUGUAUGAUACACUUUUAAGAGUGUUUCCUUCGCUUUAAUCUAUUCAUUAAAUCCCAUUUUGGAACAAUAUCAAAUGGGCCGAGCUUAAUCAUUCAAUAACAAUCGUGUUGAUAAAUUGCACUUAUAUCGCAUGCUAUUUAUUGAACGUUGUCCUUGACAACCUGGUACAUAACAGUUGUGUCUCUCACUUCCCUUGUUAUUGAAGGUAUACACUGGCACGCUGAAGAACGCCAGUAAAAUUUCAAUAACUUGGGUUGUGGGUGCAGUUACAUAUGCAAUCAUUUUUGUAUGCAUAGAUAAAUGCAUUUUAUUCCUCCAUAAUAAGGCCACACCAAAUUGAUUUUUUAUUUAGCAACAACAUUUUUGCCAGGAGGUUGAAAAAUCUUAAAUACAGGAGGUCGAAAAAUCAUAAAUAUUUCAAAAAGAAAAUUAAUCAUGUUAACAUAUCUUAAUAACAACCUCAUUUAAACAUGUAUAAAAUGAAUGUUGUGAGAAAGGCAAGGCAGUGUAAAAACUUGAUAACAAAACUAAUGACGUUUGUUAGUUGAUAAAUUACUGAAGGAUUAUCUUGCCAAUUUUUGAACUUGGACAUAAAAAUUGCGAUCUUAUUUUUUGUCAGCAGUCUUAUAUGACUGGUUUACAUGCAUUUUUGCAUAAAUUGGCUUGUUCCAAGAUAAAAAAAAAGUUGUCAAAACGUUUCAUCUGUGAGAGUGCAGCUUAAAGAAUCACCUUGGUGUGGCAUCAUAAAAGAGUCAAACCAAAUCUUUGGCACACAACUCAUUUAUGUAAAAUGUUUCAUGAAUAUAUUAUUUAUUGUUAAUGUAUUGAUGUAUGACAAAUAUUACCUCAAAUUUGUGUAAAAUGCAAAAAAUAUUUUUUUGCAUGGUAUCAAUUUAUGUGCUAAAAUGUAAGUUAAGUGCUCGGUUAGUGUAAUCAUGUUUUGUCUCUGUAACUAGUUUUUGUAGUUGUAAUAUUCAUGUAUUCUUUUGCAAGAAUUGUUGAACAAUUGUAACCAUUGAUAUUUAAUAAUAAAUGAUGUCUUGUUUAACGUUAUAACUCGUGUAAUGUGUAUGCUGUUAGUUGUGUGUUCUUUGAUAUAUAAUACCACAUUUUUCUAAAUAUUACCUAUGAAUUUUUAUCUAACCUUAAGAAAAAAUAAAUUUUAGAUUUGUCAAACCAUGUAUUUAUUAGUUACCUGAUAAAAUUUUUGUUUUCCAGUGUAUGUUUAAUUUAUUUUACAUUUUAUGACUAAUGUUACAAAAAUAUUACCAUGUGUGUUCAUAAUGUUUCAUGAAUUUGAUGUCAACCCUGUACAUAAACAAAUCCAUACACCUAAACCAAUAUAGUCGUGGUUUUCUCUUUCUCUAUGGCUUAAAGACAAACUGCAAAUUUGCUUCAAGGAAUAGUGUGUCCUCAAGUCUAAAAUAAUAUACUUUCUAUACAGGAUUCUUCAAAUUCCUAACAACGCGAAGGAUUCGCCAUGCAAAAAAUACGUAAAAAUAUCCGUCCAUGUAUAAAUAUCUGGACUGGGACGUCCUUGUGAAUUAGCUGUUGUUUUCGAUCUGACUCGAUGUUGAGGCCAUUAUGAGUUGUGUUGUCCAGAUUCAUUUUAUUUUAUAUAUACACGUUACUAUUAGUUUGAUUUUAAAAUAAGAUUGCAAUAAAGAAAAUGUAUUGGCGCCUGACGAAAUGUGACACAAUUAUGAACAUGGAACUUCUGCAUCGAUAGAAGAACAACCAAUUGGUGGCCCUACGAGUUGCUUUGUCCCGAUAUUUUCCAUUUAGUUUUUUAUUAUACCCACACAAACGAAGUUUGAGGGGGUAUAUAGGAGUGAGCUUGUCGGUCGGUCUGUCGGUUUUCAUGGUUUCCGGACGAUAACUCAUGAAAGGCUAGACAGAUUUGAAAAAAUUUUGGUACACAGAUGUAGCAUCAGAAGAUACAGGUCAAGUUCGAUAUUGGGGCUGGUGGGGCCAAGGUCAAGGU